AUGGACGUUCUCUAUUCAUUAUUGGGUGUUGAUAAUCAACGACUUGAUAUGAUAGUGCAAGAAAAAUUUUUUACUGAGACUCUCAAUUUUGUAUUAACAACAUCACUUGAUGAUAUUUUGUCAAUUGAGGACUCAAUGCUCGAUCGAUUUUGCACUAAUAUAUUGCCAAGAAUUGAUCACAAUAUUAAAUCUCUUAUUCUUGAAUCAAAAUCUAUGGAACGUAUUCUUCUUGUUACCGAUUAUCCUAAUCUAGCUAAACUUAAAAUAUUUAAUUUCAUAGACAAAAUUGCUUCAUAUUAUUUUACAGUUGGAUUUUUUUAUUUAGAUCAAUCACCAUUUCGACGUAUUUUUCGAGAACAAAUUACAGAUCUCAUUCUUGUAUACAAAGAUGAUAUUGACAUUACAUUAGAGAGGCAAUAUCAGAAUGGUGUGCACGACUAUAUUUUUAAAUUCUUCAAAAAUUUAAAAUAUUUGUCUAUUACUGGAUCACCUUCAAUUUUCAUGCUCGGUAAUUCAUCAUUAUUAACUACCUGUUCCUCUUCAAUCCUUUCCAAGUUAUGUGUUUUUGCGAAUGGUUUUGAAGAAUGCUUUGCUCUACUUGAUGGUCGUCUUAAACAGUUAACGACGUUUAUUGUUACCAUUAAUUAUGCAUGUUAUGAUUCAUCAUUUGUUUACAAUAUGGUAAGUUCAUAUAUUAUUGGUUUAUUUUUUUUCAAGUUAAAAAAGUUCGAUUGAUCACGGUAAUAUUAUAGAUUAUUUUCUAAUGAAUUACUAUAGUCAUUUGAAUCGACUAUGUAUAAUUAAAUAGUGAUAAAAUCGUGAUGAUCUAUUCGAUGAACAAAUAUAGGAAAGGAAAUGGCGCUUUUUUCAUAGGCUAUACCUUCCCACAAGGUUUUUCGUUUCAAUAUUUUUUGGUUGUGGAUAGUAUGAAGAUGUAAAAUCA